AUGAAGGUGCUGGCCCAUUCUGCAGCACUCUCGUUGAUUUUUCUCUCGAAUCUACACGAAAUUGAACGACAUAAUGCCCAAGUUAACCGAACUUAUACAAAGACCGUCAAUCAGUUUUCCGAUUUAACUCAGUCGGAAUUCGAAACCGGAAUUCUCACGCCACAAUUAGCCUUUGCUCCUAUUCCAAAUCCACCGCCAACGUCUGUGCAAACUCGUUCAUCAUCAUCGAAUCCCAAUGCUUGUUGCUCAGCUCUUGGUUUAGGUGAUGGGAAUCGUCCUCAAUGUAGUUAUGAUGGAAAUCCAAGUGAAUGUUGUGCAGCGCUUGACUUUGCCUGGCGGGGUGGACGCGGGGAUCUUUUGCCAAAUGGUUAUCCCAAAGAUUUCGAUUGGACAUCAAUGACCUAUCGAACUGUUACUAAUGCUAAAAAUCAAGGUAGAUGUGGAACUUGCACAUUCUUUGCGGUCGCUGCUGCAUUAGAAAGUGCUUAUGCAAUUCGACAUGAACGGGAUGCUGUUCCUCUAUCAGAGCAACAACUGAUCGAAUGUUCUAUUCCAUAG